GGACGCGCAGCGCGCAGGCGCCGCACUCGCGGGGGCGGCUCUUCCGCCCGCUCCGGCCCGGCCCGCCCCGUCCGGCCCGCCCCGUCCGCCCCGCCGUGCGGGCAUCGGGAGCUGUCCCAGUACUCAUGGGUAAGAGAAAGGAAGAAAGUGUUUUAACUCCUGGGUCCCAGAAAAGGCAGAGAAGAGAAUACACAGAUGUACAUAGUGAUGAGUCUAAUGAAGAAGAAACUUUAGAAUUCUCAGCUAAUAGUAGUGCCCCUUCUCAGUCGCCUGACGGUGAGGUUGGGAUAAUUGAAAGUAUCCAGCUGAAGAACUUCAUGUGCCAUUCAAAUCUGGGGCCUUUUCAGUUUGGAUCAAAUCUCAAUUUUGUUGUUGGAACCAAUGGAAGUGGAAAAAGUUCUGUAUUAACAGCACUAAUUGUUGGACUUGGUGGAAAAGCUACUGCAACUAACAGAGGUUCCUCAUUAAAAAUGUUUAUUCAAAAAGGAGAGACUUCUGCAGAUAUUUCCAUAACUCUGCGAAACCAAGGAAGAGAUGCAUUUAAACCAGAAUUGUACGGUAGCUCUAUUACUGUGAAUCAGCGCAUUAAUCAGGAUGGAAGCAGAACUUGCAAACUGAAAAGCAAAUCUGGGACCAUAAUUUCUUCAAAGAAGGAGGAACUCAUAGGAAUACUGGAUCACUUUAAUAUACAGGUAGAUAAUCCUGUGUCAGUUUUAACCCAAGAGAUGAGUAAACAGUUUUUACAGACUAAAAAUGAAGGGGACAAAUACAAGUUUUUUAUGAAGGCAACUCAGCUGGAACAAAUGAAAGAAGAUUAUUCAUUUAUUGGGAAAACUAAAAAAAAUACCCGUGUUCAGAUAGAGCAAGGGGAAGAGCGUCUUGAAGAACUUAAGCAGCUUUAUUUGGAAAAGAAGGAAAUUUUCAAAAGCAUCGCAUUUGUGAAUGACAUGCAAAAUCGCCUCAAAGAUUUGAAACAUCAAAUGGCGUGGGCAGUGGUGAGUGAGACGGAAAAAGAAGUAGAGCUGCUCAAAGAAGGUGUCAGAGCUGAAGAAGGAAAUACGGAGCUCAUUCAGAAGGUCGAAGAAUGCCAGGCAAAAGUGAACGAAGCAGAAAAAAAGUACAAAGCAAUACAAGACAAAUUGAUAACAGUAAGUGAAGAAGCACAAGCCCUUCAUCCUCAGUGUAUUUCUUUGAAGGCUGAAGUGCAAGCAAAAAGAAAAGCAGUCAAUGAAACUGAGAUCAUUUAUAAUCGUUCCAAAACGGAGUUAAAACGUCUGGAAAAAGACAAUGAACAGCUCCAUAAACGAAUUGAAGAACUGAAAAGCUGUGCUAAUCAAGUUUCAGAGCCUGAGAAACUGGAAAGACAAAAGAGAAUUGCAUACUUAAGGGAACAGUUAAAGGCAUUCCGUGAUGAAGAAAUAAUGAUUGGUCAGCAGCUGGAUCAGUUUCAGCAGGCUAUAACUAAGUGUAGGGAAGAACAUUCUAGACUCAGGAGAGAAAGAAGUGAAGUGCAACAAGCGCUGGAUGCCCAGCAGAAACAGCUGAGAGACCUGAAAGAUAGUAAAACAAACACUUUGAAAAGAUUUGGACCCCAGGUACCAGCAUUUCUUGAAGCAGUUGAAGUAGCCCAUAGACAAGGACGCUUUAGAAAGAAACCUCUUGGACCUUUAGGUGCUUUGAUUCAUCCAAAAGAUCCUGAACUGAUCUUGGCUAUCGAAUCCUGUUUAAAAGGCCUUCUUCAGGCAUUUUGCUGUGAUAAUCAUAGCGAUGAAAGAACUCUUCAAUUACUGAUGUCAAAAUAUUAUGCACGUGGACAUAGACCUCAAAUAAUUGUAAAUAAAUUUCAGAAUAAAAUGUAUGAUACUAGUCAGAGAGGUGUCCAUCAUCCAGAAUUCCCAUCAGUUCUGACAGCAUUGGAAAUAGAAAAUCCAGUGGUUGCCAAUUGUUUGAUUGAUAUGAGGGGUAUAGAAACAGUCCUGCUGAUUAAAAAUAGCCGUAGGGCUCGUGAGGUAAUGCAGUGCAAUCGGCCCCCGAGGAACUGUAGAGAAGCUUUCACUGCUGAAGGUGAUCAAGUAUAUGAACGACGCUAUUACUCUUCCAGUUUUGACAGACCCAAGUUCCUAAGUCAAGAUGUUGAAGCAGAAAUCAGUCACUUGGAUAAGGAAAUUGAAAACAAAAGGGCACAGUUGACAGCCUCUCAGCAACGCUUAUAUUCCAUUGAAAAUGAGAUUAGGCAGAAUGAAGAUCAUCUCUAUGGUCAUCAGCGACACCAAAAACAACUACAGGUAAAAAUAAGAACAGCAAAUGCAGAGAUAGCAGAUCUUGAAAAUGUGGAAGAGCCCCAGUCAGCGGACAUCCAUAUAUUACAAGACGAAGCUGAAGAAAAUAAGGGUAGGAUGGAAUCUGUAAAACAAGACAUGCAGCUACAAAGCAGAAAAAUGGAAGAACUGAAAAACAAUCUCCAAGCAGCUGAAAAAAAAUUAGAAGAGGUGAAAGAAAAAAUUCAUCAAGUGGAAGAAAUUGCUAGCCCAAUUAAGGCUGAAUUAAGCCAGGCUGAGUCAGAAGUGGAAAACAGUAAACGCCAUUUGCAGCAUUAUGAAGACAAACAGAGAGAACACGUGGCUUGCAUAAAUAAGCACAAAGAUUUACUAGUUUCCAAAGAAAAGGAAUUAGAGGAAAAAAUGGCAAAAGCAAGGCAAAUCUUCUCGGAGCCCAUCAAGGUCAGCAGAACUGUUAAAAGUCUUGAUGCAGAAAUGAAUCGCUUGAGAGAGAAGAUAAAUUUAGAAAGCAGUCACCGUGGAAACAGAGAAGAAAUAAUCCAGCAGUUUCAUUAUGCAAAGGAAAGAUACGAGGAUGCAAGCAAUAAAGUAAAGAACUUAAGGAGAUUUAUUGCGGUGCUGGAUGAAGUGAUGGCAGAGAGGCUCAAAGUGUAUCGUCAGUUCCUAAGGAGCCUUUCUAUGCGAUGCAAACUCCACUUUGAGCACUUACUACGUGUUCGAGGUUGCUCUGGACAUAUAAUUUUUGAUCACAAGAAUGAGACGCUUUCCAUAACAGUUCAGCCUCGAGAGGAAGAAAAAGCUGCCCGUAGUGAUCUGAGAUCAUUAUCAGGAGGUGAACGUUCCUUCUCCACAGUUUGUUUCAUUCUUUCUCUGUGGAACAUUUCUGAAUCUCCUUUCAGAUGCAUGGAUGAAUUUGAUGUCUACAUGGAUAUGGUUAACAGAAGAAUUGCCAUCGACAUGAUUCUGGAGAGGGCUGAUUUUCAGCGGUAUCGACAGUUCAUUCUGUUCACCCCCCUGAGCAUGAGUUCUCUGCCUACGAGUCCCCAUAUUCGAAUCCUCCGCAUGCCAGACCCUCCAAGAGACCAAAGAACACUGAAUUUCCAAAAUAGGAAUGACGGAGAUGAAGAUCAAUAAGUAUCUCUGAACUUCAAAUUUUUGGCAACUCUUCAAAAAACCCCCACUUUUUAGAGUUCAGCUGCAUUUCUUUUUUGUUGCUGUUUUGGGGGAUUUUUUGUUGUCGUUUAAUGUUACGUGGCUACAAGAGCCAUUGAGACUACUCAGAGAACGACAUUCAGCAGUUUCUGCAUUUUUUACUGAAUAGCAGUUCCUCAAUAAAACCUUAUUGCAGCGUAAGUUUUAACCUGACUUUGUAGCGUAAUUUGUUUUCAGUCGGAGCACAGUAUUAAACUUGUAGGUUUCUUUAAAGUAUGGAAGCUAGGUAAGACUUGAAGGACAUACACCUUCCAGAAUCAUGGAUCCAUAAAAAAUGCUGAGUUGUAAGGGACCCAUCAGCCAUGUUACGUUCCCCGCUGACUUCUGGCAAGUUGAAGUCCUGCAUAAGGAGAAGGGAAGUUGAGCUGGAAGUGUCCCUUAGUUCCUCAGAGACCAUUCCUCAGUGUCAUCAUCCUGGCUGGGAGGUCUGUAGUAGACUCCCAAGAUGACAUUGCAUUAUUUGUAUGUCCCUUGAUUCUUACUUAAGAGGCUUGCACCUGUGCCAUUGCCAGCUGUAGGCUCCAUACAUUCCAUCCCUGCCAGGACUUAGAGUGGCACCCUGGCCACUGCUGCCCUGCCCAUCCCUCCUGAAGAGCCUGUAACCAUCCAACAGGGCACUCCAAUCACAGGACUAAGCCCACAGUUUCACUUAUGCCAGUGAUACCAAAUCUCUGGGAUUGGGCCUAAGACUUGAGAUGGUCUUGUUCCUCAUGCUGUGUGCAUUGGUAUAGAAACAUUUCAGCUGUGGUGCUUUGCAGCCAAAAAACCUGAAGGAGAUGGAGGGAAUCCCAUUAGUUUUCUCAAGUUCUUGCACACCAUGCCAUUGCUCCCCACUGGCAAGCCUGGUUUUGUCUCUUUCCUCCUUCCAAGCUGGUUUAAAUUUCUCUCAAUAAGCCCUGCUGGUUCCUGUGCUAGAGCUCUUUUUCCCCUCUGAGGUAGGUGCAUCUCAUCAGGUGUCAGUAGAGCAGGUGUUCAAUAGAUCAUCCCAUGGUAUAAAAGAACUGAUUUUUUUUUGCUUACACCAGCCUUGAGACCGUGUGUUGACCUGGUGGAUCUGCCUAUUCUUGUCAAUAUUCCAUGUUAUCAAAAGGACUGUGGAAAUUGCUACGUGUGCUUCUGAUUCUUCAGCCUCCAACCCAAGCCCUGAAGUCUCUUUUGAUUGUCCUUGGAAUUCUCUUUGUUUUUUCAUCACUGCUGGCUUGAACAACCAAUAGUGGAUAGUAAACAGAGGGCCUUACUAGACUGGAGAGUUUUCCAGUAAUUUCUCUUAUCCAUGCCCCUGGGAGCCAGCAGAAUUCCCCAUGAGUUGGGUCUGGUCUGCAUAUCAGGCCCUUCCUCACCUCCCUUCCCGUAGAGAGAGUUUCCUAUUACUGCUGCCCUCCUUUUCCUGUUAUCAGAGGAGGUUUUGAUGCAGGAGGUGUUGCUUUAGGAGGCCCCUCUGUCCCAGUAGAAUCUUUGCCCACCUCAUCCUCUGGCCUUGUUCCACAGCCUCAUACCUGUUGUAGAAGGUUUCAGUCCUGCUUGUUUUCAGGAGGAGGAGGAGGAACCUCCUCCCAAUAUGUGGAGUGACCUGCUACCAGCCUUCAUCUUGAGCAGACCCUUGAUUAAAACACCCUUGACAAAUUACCCUGUAGGGUUCUGAGUCCACCUGCUGCUCCACUACAAUGGAGGUUUGAGACUCCUGGGAGCCUUGAUGCUGUGCCAUCUCUGUAAAUAACCUGUUUGCUGCUUGUUCACUCGAAUGCCACAUAGCCUGUUCCCUUCCUCCUGAAGCCCCCUCACCGGGCGACAGCUCCUCAACCACAGCACACCUCCAGCAAAAGAACUUUUUGUCAGCCCCAGCCUCUCAGAGAGGCAUCAGGCACUCCUGUGCCCUACGCAGCCACCUCUGUCCUCAGCACGCCCCGCUGUCCAGAGGCCUCUGACACAGCCGUUCAGUGACCCAGCAGCUGCAGGGGAGUGAGCUCUGUGCUGUGUCAUCCGUAACUGGGGAAGCUUCCACUGGUACACCGAUACAGCUGGGGCUGAAGGGAUCUUUUUGUGCUCUUCUUCACCAGGCACGGAGUCUGUUUGUCUCUCCUGGCAGACCUCGGGCAGCCCAGGGUAAUGGGCAGACUCCUGGCAGCUGUGAGGAGGUUACUGACCAAGAGGACCAGGAUUUUUGUUAAUGUGCACACUGCAAGAGACAGACAGCGGUCAUCGAGUGAAGUGGGGAGGUUCUGGCUGAGCAAAGCAGGAGGGAUUGUUCAUGAUGAAGGUAAGAGGUAUUUGGGCAUGUUACACAGGCAGGCUGUAAAAUCUCUGUCCUUGGAAGUUUUUGGAGUCUAUUGAAGAGACUCCUGCAUCUCCUUCAAGCAGGGAGCUGGGAAAGAGAUCUUUCCAGCUGAAGGUCCUUGCCCAUCUGAACAAUUCUAUAAUUCCAUAAUUCAAGGUACUUACACCUUUAGGAUUAUGUGAAGGUACUAGGGCGUACCUUACAAAGUGCAUGUUUGGCAAAACUUGUGUGGAACCAGGAGGCUGAGGGAGGCGAUUCAACUGCUCUGCUGUUGUGCCAUCCUGCCUGGAGUACUGCCCCCAGGUCUGGGGUGCUCAGCACUGGAAGAGCAUGGACCUGUUGGAGCAGGAUCAGAGGAGGCCACAAAGAUGCUCAGAGGGCUGGAGAACCUCUGCUAUGGGGACAAACUGAGAGUUUCAUCUCUUGAGUCCAGAGAAGGCUCCAGAAACACAUCAUGGCAUCUUCCAGUACUUAAAGGGGCUACAAGAGAACUGGAGGACUUUUUACAAGGGCCAGCAGUGACAGGACAAGGGAGAGUGGCUUUGAACUGACAGAUGGUAGAUUUAGAUUAGAUAUUAGGAGUAAAUUCUUUAUUGUGAGAGUGAUGAGGCACUGGAAUAGGUUGUCCAAAGCAGUUGUGGACACCCCAUCUCUGGAAGUGCUCAAGAUCAGGCUGGAUGGAGCCCUGGGCAACCUGUUUUAAUGCAAGAUGUGCCUGCAGGGGGUUAGAACUGAAUCCUCUUUAAGGUCCCUUUCAACCCAAACAAUUCUUUGAUUCUAGGACAUGAUCAUGAGCCUCAUGUUGAGCUUGACUCGAUUUUAUGGUGAAACUGGGGUAGGUUUUAGACCCUUCUACAGUGUGGGAUAAAAUGGCAUUGCAUUAUUUCCUCCUGAUUCUCUUCAGUAUCCAAAAAAAAAAAAAAAAAGGCAAAAGUGCAGAGGCAGAAAAGAGUAAAGCAUUUAUCUUCAUUAGUCUUCUGUAAUGAGUUGUGUGGAGAAAAGAGAUUAAGGGAAAUUAAUGCAUUCCUGCAGAGCUAACACUUCAGCUUUCUCCCAAGCUUUUAUAGACUUACUUGAAAUAUUGGAGGAGGUGGCAACAAUUCUGGUCUUUCAUUCAAAUUAGUACUUUGUAUUUAUUCUAAUCUACCCCGGUACUUGAUGAAGAUGUGUUCUUGACUGUAUAACUAUUAUAAGUGUAUUUUCAUGGUGGAGAAUUAAUUCUGAAUGAACUAUUACUGAAGCCCUUGCAUUGAUGCACUUAUUUUUGCAGUGAUCCUACUAAGGUCUCCAAACUAUCAUAUUCUUGGUUCUUUAAAUACAGAGUUUACUCUAGUGACUACCUAGAGGGAAGAUUGCAGUGCUGAUGUUACAUUUUUGAGUUUGACUGUGUUUUUGAGUUGUUGGCCAUUUUGGAUGGCAGCGCAUUGCUUAAUGCUGCACUAAAGUAAAUGGAGCCUGUCUAGCUACAUAAAUUCAAUGUGCAGGGAAACACAGAAUGAGAAAUUGCUUCUCAUGGAUGUAAACCAGAGGCAUAAAAUCUGAGAAGUAUUCAAUGUGGGCAUAUCAUUCUCAGAAGUAUGCAAUUUCUAGAAGGUGUAUUUUAAGUUACGGCCAAACGCAUGAAGUAUACUUCUCCCUAAUUUGCUGAGACUAUUAUGUGUAUAAUCUAAGUAAAAUUCUAGUGUAGAAAUUGUAGUAGUUGAUGUUUCUGUGUUUGCUGUUUGUAAUACAAAGUGUGUUCCAAAUGACAGUAUGGCUGUGGUUGUGGCAGCCAUGGAUUCUGUGAGCCCCCCCACAACAACUCUUAGCAAACUGUGUAACACUGCUUUUUGUUACUUGUUUUCUUUUCCCUUUAAUUUUAAGAUGACCUCUGCUUUUUAAAUUUGAAAAUACAGAGAAUUAUUUGGUUUGUGUCAUUUUUAUUGUUUGAUUUUUAGCUAUUAAAAGUACGGUCUUGUUUCUUCAUAAGGUAAGGAAGAAAUAUCAAACAUGCAAUUGUAAGGUGUUCAGAUUGCUUUUUUUUUUUUUUUUCUUUUUUCCUUUUAAUCCAGCAA